AUGAGUGCCAAGGAGCCGUCGGCCUUGAACGCCUUCGAGAGGCAGGUUGAAUGGAUCAUGUUCCGCUUUCGAUGGAUUUUCGUUAUUCUGUUCCUCCUGCCAGCCAGUCUCAUCUUUGAUAGCUACCACUUUGUCCGAAAUUAUUUCAUCUACAAAUUGCAAUCAGCCCCGCGGGCACACGGGCGCAAGGUCGCUCGGAUAAAAAGACAGGUUUGAUUGACAUUAUGACAUUGUCCUGACUUUUCAACACUAUGUGUAUCCAUCCAGAAACGAACCAGAGAAUAAUUUUUUUCGUUAAAUUAAUGUAAACUUUAGUAUAUCAUAAAUUAAGUUUCAAUUCAAGGUCCGAGAAUGGAACGAAAGCGGCAAGAAGACGAAAAUGUGUACUGCUCGAUCGGGAUGGUCAACAAUGAGCUUCCGGUUUCCACUUUACAAGAAAAACAUGACGCAGAUCAAUACGGAUCAGCUUGUAGACAUUCUUGAAGUGAUCGUUCCAAACUUUUUUGUCAACUUUUUGAAACUCAGAUUGACGAGAAAGCUCUGACCGUCAGAGUGGAGCCGAUGGUGACAAUGGGACAAAUCACGCGAUUUUUACUUCCUUUGGGAUAUACUCUUCCGAUUGUCCCUGAGCUGGACGAUCUGACCGUCGGAGGUUAGUUUUAGUCGUCUUUUUAGACAACAGAUAAUAACCUCCAAUAGAGGCGCCUGAAAAUUCGUUUUCUAAACAAAAACACUGUUUUGAGCCGUGUUUUGCGAAGACAGGGUGUAUUAAUUCAUGAAAUUUAUUAUUACCGAUAUAAAUGUGAUAUCAGGGAUGAUCAACGGCUGUGGCGUCGAAGCAUCGGGACGGAAAUACGGCAUGUUCCAGCACAUUUGCGUCGCCUAUGAGCUUGUCAUGGCUGAUGGUAGUUUGGUGACAGCUAAAAAGGUACGUUGAAACUGUCAAAACUUUAGAAAAAUUAAAUUUCAUUCAGUUCAAGAACCCGUCGACCCAAGAGGAAACUGAUAUGCACACGCUCUUCUUUGGUAUCCCAUGGAGUCACGGAACUCUCGGCUUCUUGGUCUCAGCCACGCUCCGAAUCAUCCCAUGUCGACCUUUUGUGAAACUCACAUACUAUCCUACGAAAACUUUGGAGGUAAUGUACCCUGAAAAAGACAGGAUAACCAACGGGUUUUCAGGAAAUGGAAGCUACGUUGCGGGAAGAGGCCGAAAACCGAGAAAAUGAAUUUGUGGAGGGCCUUCUUUUCUCAAAAGAUCGCGGAGUUGUGAUGCGCGGAAGGUUUUUAUUGGUUUUCAUCGUUUCAGAAAAUAAGAAGAUAGAAAUCUCAUUCAAUUUGAUUUUUUUUUUCCAUUAAAACAGAAUUCACUCGUAAUAAAAUGCUCGUCUUUACAGAUUCUCCGACGGCCCCAUUGACAAUACGGGAAAAAUAAAUUCCAUUGGAAGAUGGUAUAAGAAGUGGUUCUACACCCACGUUGAAGACCUCACAAAAACUGGAAAAGUUUCAGUUUCAAAAGAAAUUUUUACGAUUAUUAACCCAGGUGCACACUGAGUUCAUCCCGUUGCGCGAGUACUACCACAGGCAUUCGAAAAGCAUUUUCUGGGAGCUGAAGGAAAUUGUACCUUUCGGAAACAAUGUCGUCUUUCGAUGGCUUCUUGGCUGGAUGUGCCCUCCUAAAAUUUCCUUGUUAAAGGUAAAAUUUUGCAAAACCUUAAGUGGCAUGUAAUUUAUUAUAGCAAAUAGGUGUUAUUUGAAAUUCCUGACAAAAAAUGUCGAUUAGUACAAUAAUUCUUCUGUAAGUUUUCUUCGACAAUCGCUGAGUAAAGAAUAGCUCUCAGCUCAAAAAAAUAAUGUCUCUACCUUUUUUUCAGCCACUAACUUUCAAUUUCUGAAGAAAGAUCUUUCGAUAUCGAAAAAAACCUUUAAAUGAAGCAAUAAAAAAACUUUAGUUUCAAAAAUAAAGACUCUUCGCGCUUUUAUUAGCGAAAUCUUAAUCUGGGCUUUUGAACAAAGUUUGGGGAAGCCCAUUAAAGUAAAUACCUACGUUUUGCUUACCUAUUAACCGAUUAUUUUCAGCUGACCACUCCUCCGACUUUGAGAAAGCUGUACGAUCGGAAGCACGUUCUUCAAGAUAUGCUGGUUCCUUUAGACCGCUUGAACGAAACAAUCAACGUUUUUCACAAAGAAGUUGAAGUGAGCGUUAUUUCUCUGUCCUUGAAAAAUUUUUAAUGAAUUAUUACAAUUUUAUAGGUGUACCCAAUCUGGCUGUGUCCUUUCAAUCAGCCUUCUUGUCCAGGAAUGGUCCGGCAAAGGUCUGGAAAAUCGAUUAUGUACGUCGAUGUCGGUGUUUAUGGUAUCUUUUAAAUUUUUUCUUGAAAUGAAGAAGAAUUUUUUUAGGUAUCACCGAGAAGAAAAAAAUUAUGACCCAGUUGAAACUACUAGACGAUUAGAGAGUUUUGUGAGAAGCACGAAAGGGUGAGUAAACUUUCAAAAUUGAACCGAAAGUAGUUCAUUUUCAAAAAUUGAGAUUUGAUUUUGGUGUUCGGAAUAAGGUUUUAAAAAUGAAAAGAGCUUACUUUCCAGAUUCCAAAUGAUGUACGCCGACACCUACAUGACGCGUUCCGAGUUCUGGGAAAUGUUCGAUUCUUCCAUUUACGAUUGGCUGCGGACCAAGUACCAGUGCACUCAAGCCUUCCCCGACGUCUACGACAAAGUCUGCAAAGCUGCUCGUUAUUAA